GGGUUUUUGGUGGUUCGGACAAGGAGUGUUUUUUAUGCUGUGAUUCGGAGUUAACGCAUCAAACAAAACAAAGUCCUUUAUUCAAAUGUCAAAUAUUGUCAAUGUCAAGAAUUAAAUUUGUCAGGUUUUUUCAAAAUUAAAAUGAAAUUUGUGUUCGCUUAAUUACAUCAUUUUAAAACAGACAUAAUUUAGUACGUCCAAGAUAGUUUCCAAAUAAAUAUGCAAUCUGCUUUUUCUAAGAACGAAGUAAUAGGACUUGUGGUGAGGUUAACCUUAGUUUCAGCUGUUGCCUUUUUAAGUAUAAAAUGGAUAAUGAAUCAAGUUGAUCCUACAAAUAAAAGUAAAAAGAAGGCUCGACAACGGGCUGAAGAACAACUUAAAAGAUUAACAUCUACUGGAAAUGCUCCACUGAUCAUUGAAAAGUUAAAUGAUUAUGAAAUGAUGAUAGCUGCACAUCUGGUACAUCCACAAGAUAUUAAGGUUACAUGGAGUAGUAUAGCAGGACUUGAGAGUCUAAUUCAAGAAUUAAGAGAAACUGUUAUUUUACCAAUUCAAAGAAAGGAAUUGUUUGCCGAUUCUCAACUCACAACUGCACCUAAAGGUGUUCUUCUACAUGGUCCUCCUGGUUGUGGAAAAACUCUUAUAGCAAAAGCAACUGCUAGAGAAGCUGGCACACGUUUCAUCAACCUAGAUGUCUCUAUCCUCACAGAUAAGUGGUAUGGUGAAAGCCAAAAACUAGCAGCUGCUGUUUUUACUUUAGCUGUUAAAAUACAACCAUGCAUUAUUUUCAUUGAUGAAAUAGAUUCAUUUCUAAGAUCACGUACGAGUUCAGAUCAUGAGGCAACUGCUAUGAUGAAAGCUCAGUUCAUGUCUUUAUGGGAUGGGCUUAUAACAGACUCAAAUUGUACUGUCAUCAUUAUGGGGGCCACAAAUAGGCCACAAGAUUUGGAUAAGGCUAUAUUAAGGAGGAUGCCUGCCACUUUCCAUGUACCUAUGCCAAACACAGCCCAAAGGAGACAAAUUGUUGGAUUAAUCUUGGAAAAUGAACCUGUCGGACCCGACGUAAAUAUGGAAGCCAUAGCUAAAUUAACAGAAGGCUUUUCUGGUUCAGAUCUUCGCGAACUAUGCAGAAAUGCUUCCCUAUACAGAGUGAGAGACUACCUUCGCAACCACAUAGAAGAGAGUGAAGAGGAUGAAGUAUAUCAUGAUGCUCUUCGUCCCAUCUCAAUGGAAGACCUCAAAUUUUCAUUCAACAAAAUGCGAGAGGGCAAAGUUCAGUGUGGUUCAUUGCAAUUACAGACUAGAAUAGAUCUUGAUUAAUUAGAAGUGAUAGUAAAGUAUGCUGUGUAUUAUUUAAGUCAAUACAAUAAAUUGGAACUGUGUUAUUGAAAUUUAUAUAAUUUAGUUGAUGAAAAAAUUUCUCUUAUACAGCCCUAGCGAAUAAUAAUUAUAAGUAAUGGAAAGAGCACCAGUAAUGACUGUCAAAAAUUUUUGAUAGCUACUUAUUUGUCAAUUGCUAUACUUCCACAUUUUUAAGAGUUCAUUGACAUGUAGUAAGUAUUCUUCUAUGUGGGAACAUUAGAUAGAUUUCACUUGCUUUAAGAAUAGGCCUGGCCCAUCAUCAACUUUUUGACUGGAUACCCAAAUAACAGAAGGAAAUUUCAAUGAAAACUAUCCACAUUAAAAAAAAUUAAUCCUAUUUUCAUAAAACUUAAUAAAAACUAUUAAACACUGAACAUCCCUACUUUGGACGAUUCAGUGAAAACCUUAAAAUAUAAACUAAUAAGCCCCUUUUUUAAAUGACAAAUAAGAGAAAAAUAAUCAUUGUGUAUAAAAAACCUAAAUGAUUAAAAACGUUAUUCCCAAAAAAUCACCCAAAAGAAUUUAGAAACAAAAGGUUUAAGAAAAGAAAUAUAAUAACAAAUUUCACCUCCAACGACGGUGGGCAGAGCGCUAUUGUUGACGGUCUGGGCCUGUCCUUAAAGCAAUAGAAUUAUAUUUAUUAUUAUAAUAAUGUUUCUUUCGAGAGGUAGGUGAUGUUUAGAAACAAAAUAAAAAUGAUUGAGAGAUAGUAUACUUAAUACUAUAAUAAAAGUUACUAGCACUUUUGUGGAGUUAUUUUAUUUAUACCAUCAUCAUUGCAAUAUUAUGUUUUAAAUUAGUUUAUUUUUACCAGGAACGUUACUGUUAAGUAUAAAAUUUAUAAAUCCAUUAAAAUUACUUUAAAAAUUGUCAGGAUUUACAUUAUUUUUUUUUUAAUCUUCAUAACGUAAUAUUUGUGGAAUGAAUGACCGAAGUACAAAUAUUUUCGCAAAUAAAUGUUAUACAGUGCUGGCAAGAUCAAAUCUGUAGUUGAAAAGGUAUGCCGGUCCAAAAAAAUAAUUGUUUGACCAUGUAGUUGUUAUAGCUUUAAAAAAAUAAAAUAAAUAUUACUCAUUUGACAGAUUGGAGGGAAGAGUGGUUCAUUUGUAUUUUUACAUUUAGGAACCCCCUGAAUAAUGCCUUAUUCUUAUUUUAUAAAAUUGUACUUAAUUUCAAAAUUAGAAUCCUUAUUGAUUUAAUUUAAUCACUUUUCCUUUCCAACUUGUUAUUCUGUUUAAAAUUGUGUAAAAUCCCAAACAUGCUUCGAG